UCCGGUCCCGACAAACAAGGACCUUCCGCUGGAGGCGGCGCUCUCUGUUCACGUAACGUAAGGGGCUGUUGUUGUGUUCCAGCCUUGAAGACGUCCACGAACCCUACGCGACAUUAACGACCAUGACCCAAACCGUUCAGACCAAUGGGGUUCAGCCCCUCAGUAAGACCUGGGAGCUGAGUCUGUAUGAACUGCAGAGAACUCCACAGGAGGCCAUAACAGACGGACUGGAGAUUGCAGUGUCGCCUCGAUCCUUGCACAGUGAACUUAUGUGUCCCAUCUGCCUGGACAUGCUGAAGAACACAAUGACGACCAAAGAAUGUCUGCACCGUUUCUGUGCUGACUGCAUCAUCACAGCAUUGAGAUCUGGGAACAAAGAGUGUCCUACCUGUCGUAAGAAGCUGGUGUCAAAGAGGUCGCUGCGUCCAGACCCCAACUUCGAUGCUCUGAUCAGUAAGAUCUAUCCCAGUCGAGACGAGUAUGAAGCCCACCAGGAGAGGGUUUUGGCGCGCAUCAGUAAACACAACAACCAGCAGGCCCUGUCCCACAGCAUAGAGGAGGGGCUUAAGAUCCAAGCCAUGACCAGGCUGCAGCGCGGGAAGAGGCACACGGUGGAAAACGGCAGCGGCGCUGAGGACAACGGAGACUCCUCCCACUGUAGUAACGCCUCAGUCCAUAGCAACCAGGAGGCGGGGCCCAGCAUUAAACGCACCAAGAUGAGCGAUGACAGCGGGCUGGACAUGGAUAAUACUGUUGAGAACGGAGGCGGGGACUCUGUGAUGGACGGCGGCGCCAGUGAAAUAGAGCUGGUGUUCCGGCCACAUCCCACACUGAUGGAGAAAGAUGACAGCCACAGCAGCGUGGAGUUUGUCCCUCGCUACAUCAAGACGUCCGGGAACGCCACGGUGGACCACCUGUCCAAAUACCUGGCUGUCCGUCUGGCUCUGGAGGAGCUGAGAAGAAACGCCGACGCCAGCCCCGUCAACAUGGAGGCGGCCUCCGAGAAACAGUACACCAUCUACAUCCCCACUCCUGGAAACCAGUUCACGGUUCUGAACGGUUCCUUCUCCUUGGAGCUGGUCAGUGAAAAGUACUGGAAGGUGAACAAACCCAUGGAGCUGUACUUCGCCCCCACUAAAGAACACAAAUAGAGGAGAGGAGGAGAGAAGUGCCCACAUUGGGCGGCGUGGAGUCGGAGAGCGACCCGGAAACUCCUGCUCAAAGCUGACAGUAGUGAGUCUGACAGUGACGGCGGGUUUAUGGAGCAAGAAGGACUUUUGUACAAAGCAGACAAACGUCGUUUUAUAACUUUGUGAUUUCCUCCCAGUAGAAAGUAGCAGAUCAAGACAGCAGACCGGCCCAACCAGUGCCUGUCCUCAUGUGGGGUCUGUGCUUGCGCUCACGGUGGUGCUUGCUUGCCGCACGCUCGCCGCUUCAGGACCGACCGCAGCACUGAGCGCUCGGUCCGUCAUGAAGAACGGCUGUGGAAAUGGCUAGAGGCUCCUGGUUGGAGCCGGCCUGUGAAGCUGGACCGAGUGGAGGUGGCGGGGGUCUCGGUCUGCUGUCCUGAUCUGCUGUCCGUAGGAACAAACUUCUUGUAUCUGUGGCUCAUUCUUUUCUAAACGUCUUUUGUAGCAGUGAGGGGGCCGUGUUUUACUAUGGGGGGUGGGGGGUGACCAUUACAGUAUUUCCACGGAUCAAGUUUUAUCACCAGUCUGGACUGUCCGGCAGAUGAAGUGCUGGUCUGAACUCCUGAUCCUCUGCUGGAUCAGGUGAUGGCGAGGCUGGACGGGUUGGACUCCGCCUCCACGUCUUUGGGUUCGUCAGAUUUGUGGAAGUGUUCAGUCGGAGAGCCGCAGUGAUGCUGUGGUCACUUCAUCACAGGAAGUCUGUGUUCAGUCCAAACGCGCAGAAAAAAAGGACGACGACGUGACUCGUCAACGUUCCCGGCAUUUACUGAUUCAGAAAACUGUCUGAAUUGUGUUCCAGUGUCCGCCGUCAUGAUGGGGUCGUGCAAAUGUGCCACUUUUUCAUUUUUAGUUUGAUAGACAAAGCAAUCAGUGGAUCUAAGACCCGACCUGAGGGUCCAACGUCUCAGAUCCGGUUUUCCGGUGGACCGGCGUUUGGUUUUACAUCUGAUCAUGCCGACAGAAGCCAGGCUCACUGUGAUGCUUCGAGAAGUGCUUCACUCCCAUCAUGUUUGAUACUGUUGUCUUUGUGGAAACUGUAAAUCGCCUUUUUCUGACAAAUAAAACCUGAUCUGUGUGGUUCAGUGUGACUGUGA